CGACGCUCGACGUCGUCCACGCCAAUCACCUCGCACUAGCCACCGACUUAGGGCGUCAGAUAACCACCAUGUCUGGCUGGGAGGUCCGCAUGUCCAAAUCGAAGGGCGUGCCCUACUUCUAUGAUCCCGCCACUAGCCAGUCGAGCUGGGAGCCACCCGCGGGGCUCACGAAGGAGCAGAUUGAGAACUUACCAGGCGCUCAAUAUCUUACUGGUGGCGGAGGCGAGCCGAGCAGGGUUCGCGCAAGCCAUCUGUUGGUGAAGCACCGCGACAGCCGCCGCCCGUCAAGCUGGAAGGAGCCUACCAUUACCCGCUCCAAGGAAGAGGCGAUCGAAAUCCUGCGCGGCUACCAAGCCCAGAUUGGCGGCAACCCCGACAAGUUCGCUGAGCUCGCUCAAGCGCACUCCGACUGCUCUUCGCACGCGCACGGCGGGGACCUUGGGUGGUUCUCGCGCGGGCAGAUGCAGAAGCCAUUCGAAGACACGACGUAUGGCCUCGAGGUCGGGCAGAUGAGCGAUGUGAUCAGCACGGAUAGCGGCGUACAUCUCAUUCUGCGGACGGGCUGAGGGACAGUCAGGCAGUGGAGUAUGGGAAUAGCAGCCAGGGAAAACCAAAAUACAAGGAAGCGCGAGAUCGUCGGCGCGAUGAAGGGAUGUACUUGUAUCUGGAAUGCAUCUUGAUGUCGAGU